GACUGUUCCAAUCUAACCUCGUUUGAGACAACCGUCUCUUACUUUUUAUAAAUAAAAAUAAAAAGAAUGAUGUACAUUGCUGGCUUCAUCGUCGCUCUUGUCCUGGCAGCGUUAGUUGUCAUAUGGAUAGCGUACUGCAUGUUCGUCAGAGAGAGGCACAAAUCUGAGUUUUAUCAGUACAACAUAUCAGAUCUACAGCACAGAGAAUUUGAGCAACCACCGCAGAAUGAAAAAGUGAUGGAAAAGAAAGAGAUAACUGCUGGUAUAUUCAUACUGCCGUCUCGUCGUAAGCAGAAAGAUGAUUACGUGAAAAGACCAGACUAUCCCGAGAGCCCGACACAUCAAAUGGACACGGGAACAGAUAAGCUUAUAGAGAUAUUCAAUGAGAAUACCGCUGAUAUCCACUUUAGGGAUGGUAUCAUGGAUGACGAAACCAACGUAUGCUCAAACGCUGCAUACCACAGUGAUGUUUAGAAAUUAAUGCAAAUGUCACAAAAUAUUUACAUACUGUAUCCAUUCACACAUUCACAUUUCGCCGAAAUAAUACUAUUGUAUAAACAAAUUUAGUUUU